CUAAAAACUCGAGCAAUGUGAGUUGAUUGGAUGGUUGAGCUUUCUUCCACAACAAGCAAGCCAUCUGAAAUCUGGUGUGGUUUUCCUGGAUGUUGCAUCCAAAAUGCUUGCGAAUGGUUGAGCCUGACAGACGUCACUUAUAAAUACGCUCGACAUUCUACUGAUCGAUCGACAAUCUACCUUUGGAUCGACGAUGAAUGAGAUGAGCUAUGAGGACACCAAAAAAUCAGCAUAUCGAUCAACAUCCGUUGAUAAAUGCGUCUCAAAUACCGUAUAGUAAAGUAGAACAGAUCAAGAGAGCAGCCGAGGCAGGUGAUAGGACAAGAAUUGAGGCCCUUUUCAGAGAGUGGCUGCUUCAAGGAGACGAUGGGACCCUCGUCUUUCACUGCGCUGUACAGUUCUGCCCUCAUCUUGUGCUGGAACUUUACCCCAGCUUCAAGGACAACAUAGACGUCUCCAUGCUAAUCUCGUACCACACUUUGCACUUGGCAGCAGCAGGCGGGCACACCGACAUCGUACAAUUGCUAAUCGAGCACUGCAAUACUUACAAUCCUCUCGACCUUUACGACGUCAUCAAUGGACUGGACUCGGACAGCUCGGACCCUCGGCAUGUGCAGUGGACAGCUCUCCAUUACGCGUCUCAGAAUAACCACCUUGGCGUGGUGGAAGCGAUUCUGAGAACAAAUGUGCCGAUGCUUCUUCAUUUCAACCCCGCCGCCGAUUUCACCACUCCAUUACAUCUGGCGAUCAAACCCGGAGACAAGAGGCAAAGAUCCGUCGACUAUGGAAUUCUUUCAGCGCAUACCAGUCGCCUUCCCUUAAUCAAGCAGCUUCUCAGCGCACCGGAAGGGAAGAUACUCUUGAACAUGAAGAAUUCGGAGGGUAAUACUCCUGUCCAUCUUGCAGUAGAACAGAUGAAUGUGGACGUCGUAGAGUUACUGAUAAAAGAGUCGACUCUGAUCGCAACGGAGACGAACAACGAAGGCCUUACGCCUUCUCGUCUAAUUUGGGAUAUGUUGAACGCCAAGAACCCCAAGAAUUCAACGCCGGCCAGAAUUAUGAGAAAGCAGCUGCGGAUGCUCCCUGACGUGCAAGAAGAAGAGAACAACAUGAUGGCCGAGAAAAUGAGGUACUACACCGCAGCCAACAACUUCCUCGUCGCGGGAGCUCUUCUCGCAUCAGUCACGUUUGCAGGGAUCAUCUCCGCCACGGCUCUGCCAUCUGAGUUCUCCGAUGAAUACGGAAGUGAGGUGCCUGCACCGCCACCGCCACCGCAGGGGUCUGCACCGCCACCGCAUGCUCCAGAAGAUCGUACUUACAAGGGAUAUUACCUGAGAGCCAUCUCCACAUACCGAGGCUCGACUAAUCUCUCUUUCUACUUCGCCAUCAUCACCGUCAUGGCUUCAAUCCGGCUCAUAAUCUCGGUAGAAGGAACCAUGGAUCCGGAGGAUGAGAUCGCGUUUCUUCGACACAGCACCGUUCUCAUAUCCUUCGCGCUGAACAUCUCCACGGGCUUCGCCGUGGUGGCUUUCAUUUCAGGAGGACUGUGCCACAUCCCUGUCAGUGAGAGUCGGUGGGCCGACGUGCUCGCGAAAUGGGAAGACGGUCAUCAUGUGGAUAUUGUGAAGUCCACCAUGCUGACCACCACCGUGGUAGGAAUACUCCUCAUCCUCCCAGUCAUCCUCAUCCCACUGCUUCGAGACGAUUUACCUGUUCUCAGAGCGGCGUACCUGCGGGCGUGGAAUGCCCCGGCGGGCCGUAGGCAUUGGAUCCACAAAUCCGUGCAGCCGCUCGCCAUUGCAAUUCUGCUGGCUGGAAUUGCCAUCCUUAUCUUCUUCACUUGGGCAAGAGCUUCUCAUCCCAGCGAAUACUACAAACAGAAACAUUGAUCACGAUUACUACUAGAGUAUCAUUGAAAACUUCCUCAUCAAUGAUACUCUCCUCCUCUGCUGAUAUUCCCCAUUUCCCAUAUCACUCCAUCUUAAACCCACGCCAUAAUUCAUAGGAAUUUAGUAAUCUUCCGUAGGCAUUGCCAAACUGUCUCAUGCGAUGUGGCCUUCCGAGUCAUAUUUCUCUUCGUAGCUGGUUUCUGCACCCGAUGUAGCAUUUGCGGUUGGUUGUGGAAACUGAGGAAUCGAAGAGUCCAUAGUGUAAUGGUCGAGAACAGGCUGAGACAUGCGUAUUUUGAUUCUGACUUGUAGAAUUAAGGCUAGAAGGGAUUAGAUUGAGGGCCGUUCGGACUCGAUUGUCUUUGGGGCAUGCACAUCUUGCGACUUCAGGCUUACGAGGGAACGCUCUCGCAUGGUAAUUUUCUGUGGACCGAGGAAAUCUGGAAAUUUGCUGGACCUGUAAGUUUCUAGCCUUGGCAGAAAGUCAAGAACCGUCCAAAUCGAUCUACUGUCCGCAAUUCCUCGAUGUCUCUCGUUUCAUGUUCUUAAUGAAUUGGAUUUUCGAGUUCCAUCUGACCAAUAAAUAUUUGCGACCUGCUCAUUGGACUUAUUCAAGAUCCACCAAGAACACUCAACCAGAAAGUGGAUGGUACUGACCUUUUCUAUCUAAGUUAGAGAUUUGUAAUUUGGACUUGGAAUAUAUAGGUUUAUGCUUGGAGAGCAGGUCGGACCUGCCUUGACUGCAAAUGCUUAAUUAUUUUUUGUGACAAAGUUAUUCCUUUCAUGGACUUGUAUAAAAACCUCAAGAUCCG